AUGGCUUCAAUUCUGCGCCAGAUAGUCGCAGGUCCCCGCGCCCAACACCCCGAAGCUGGACUCGACCUCUGCUACGUAACCGACAACAUCAUCGCAACCUCUGGCCCCAGCGGCACAUACCCCCAACUCGCCUACCGCAACCCGCUAUCCCAACUCGUUGCUUUCCUGGAUAAGAAACAUGGAGACAACUGGGCUAUUUGGGAGUUUCGCGCUGAAGGCACUGGAUACCCUGAUUCUGAGGUCUAUGGCCGUGUCAAGCAUUACCCAUGGCCUGACCAUCAUCCCCCGCCGUUCGCACUGAUCCCAUUGAUCAUGGCUAGUAUGCGCAACUGGCUAGAAGAAAAUAAAGAGAGGGUUGCGGUUGUGCAUUGUAAAGCUGGCAAGGGACGCAGUGGCUCUAUGAGUUGCAGCUACUUGAUCUCGGAAGAGGGUUGGAAGGCUGAAGAUGCCAUUCGCAGGUUCACAGAACGCAGAAUGCGACCGGGCUUUGGUGCUGGUGUUAGCAUACCCAGUCAGUUGCGCUGGAUCAGCUAUGUUGAUCGUUGGACACAGCACAAGAAGGUCUACGUCGAGCGUGAGAUCCAGGUCAUGGAAGUUCAUGUCUGGGGCUUGAGGGAUGGUGUCAAGGUCAGCAUUGAGGGUUUCGUCGAUGAAGGACGGGUCAUCAAGAACUUUCACACUUUCACAAAGAAGGAGCGCGAGAUUGUUCGUGGUGGCAUCAAGAAGUCUGGAGGUUUCGCCGAUGCCGUUACAGCAGUCAUGGGUAUCAACAGUGCCGAGAAGAACCUACACCUGAAAGAAGCAGAGAACAUGGAANAAGAGGAAAGAGACAAGGCUGCAAAGGGCGCAGUCACCGACCACAAACUACACAACGCUACAGGGGAUGUCAUCUUCAGACCCUCACAAUCCGUCAUCCUCCNNCCUACCAGCGACGUCAACAUUGAUUUCGAGCGAAGAAACAAAGCAGGCUAUGGUAUGAGCAUGGUAACAGCCGUCGCCCAUGUCUGGUUCAACUGCUUCUUCGAAGGCCAAGGCCCUGAGAAUGCCACUACAAACCAACCGCCCGCCUCCUCUGGCGUCUUUGAAAUCGACUGGGAAGCCAUGGACGGCAUCAAAGGAAGCCUCAAAAAGGGCACAAAAGGCUUUGACAAACUCGCCGUCGUCUGGAAAGCCGUUGACGAACCCGCACGAGGCAGAAGAGCCAGUGUCGUAAUCACCGAACCACCACCUGGCACCGAAGUCCCCGAGACAGGACCUGCAGACUGGAGAGGUCAAGAAUUCAACAAUCCUUCGCCUGGACGAAACAGAAAUCUUGGAUUGAGAAGUGAGACACCCGCAAGCAGGGAUGUCAGUCAAGCAAGCAGCACAAGAGAGGAAGAUGGCAUUGGAAGCGAUACAGAAGGUGUUCAGAGCUACGUUGAUGGCGCGAUCAAGGGGCAUCAGCAGGUCGCACACGAGAAGCAAGUACAGGUGGAGAGAAAAAAGGGUCCGUUGCCGUUGAGUAGAGAUCUCCCUGGCCCCGACCAUGAAUUUGCUGAUGCGUAG